UCUCACUCAAAAUAUACAAGAUUUCUUUUCUUCCUCAACUAGUACAGAAGACGAAUCUGACUCAGGAAAAGAAGAACAAACUUCACUUAUUUUGGAUAUACCUCCACAACUAUUACUAUCACCUCAAGUUACAUCAUCAUCUCAAGUUGAAUCAAUAGAAGAUAUGAGUAAUGAAUUAACUACUGCACUCAAAAAUCUGGCUGAUCUAAUCAAUAACCAAAGUCAAGGUCCUAUCCCCAUUCCAACUUUCAGUGGCAAUGAUUCAUCCGAUAUCUUUGAGAAAGCUAUUGAUCUCGCUAUCAAAUCAGAAAUUGGUUAUAAGACAACAUAUAAUAAUACUCUUGUAAUCCCUGUCCAAAGCAUUCCUCAACAUUUUGGAAUACCAUUUCCAGCAGUACCAGUAGUAAAUAAUCAACCUGAUAUUAAUGCUACUUUACUAGAAUUGACAAAAUAA